AUGCUUGCCUGUCAACAAAAGUCUGUCACUGUUAUGAAUAAUGAAAAUGAAAAAAGUAUUAAUUCAGUAUUUAUAACAUGUUCUCAAUUAGCUGCUCAUAUAACGGCAUGUAUAAAUAACAUCGAUCGAAAAGUAUUAAUUAUUGAUUGUGGUUCAACAUUACGACAUGCAGAAAGACGAAUUCAAAGUUCAAUAUUAUUAAAUGUGAAUGAUAAAAUAUCGCGAAAACGUUUAGCAACUCGUGGUUUAAAAAAUUUCUUAGAUAUUAAUCAAUUCAAUCGUUUAGAAAAUAAUGAAAUUCUCAUUUUAUAUGAUGAUUCUAUUCGUGUAUCAUCCCUAUGUUCUAAUUCAUCUAUUCAAUCACAACUUUCACCCUCAAUGAAAUGUGUAUACGAUGAAAUAAAACGAUUCGAUAUAAAUAAAACAAUUUAUGUACUGGAAUCACCAUUUGAUGAAUUUUAUCAAAAUUAUCCAUUAUUUUGCUAUAUUAGUAGAUCAACAGAUGAAGAUCUUUCAUCACCACCACCAUCGGCCGCUGUAGAAACAGAUAUUGGAUCUUAUCAAAUAUCUGAAGUUCUACCUGGUCUGUAUCUUGGUAAUUCACAAGAUGCUGAAAAUUUCACUUUAUUACAACAACAUCAAAUAAAAGUUAUUAUUAAUGUAUCAACUUCAAUUCCUUGUUAUUUUGAAAAUGAUAAUGUUUUUGAAUAUCUUCGAUUACCUUGUCAUGAUUCACCACAUCAAAAUAUACGUCAGUAUUUUGAAACAACAUUUGAAUAUAUUCAUCAAAAAUUAUCAAUGAACAAAAACAUUCUUGUACAUUGUCAAGGAGGUGUGAGUCGUAGUUCUUCAUUUGUUAUCGGUUAUUUAAUGAAAUAUCAUUCAAAAACAUUCACUGAAGCGCAUCAUUUUGUAAGAACUAAACGAUCUAUAGUUAAUCCAAAUUUAAACUUUGUUGGACAAUUGACACAAUAUGAACAAUCGUUAUCCGCUGCUUAG